AUGUCUGACUGGAGUGUUCAUGCUACUAGGGAUUUUAUUCUGGAGAAAUCCAUCAAUGUGGAAGAGUUGACAGAAAAAUGCAACAUUGUGCCUAUUUUGCGAGAUGAAUACCUGUUUGCCUCACUUGUUCAUGUUGGCCCGUCCAGAUGGCUCACUGCCGAGUUCUACACGAAUUUAACAUUGGAUACUUUUUCGGAGGGGUCACCUCGAUUUCAACAAGUUUUUAUUCGGGAUAAAUGGUAUCCCUUAAGUCCGGCCGUGAUUAAUUCAUAUUUGGGUACUCCAAAUCAUCAAGCUGCUCCUGACCCGAGUCCUAAUCUCCUAGCUGCUGCUUUAACUCACAACAAAGUCGUCACUUGGCCAAACACCAGACUCGAAAGCCUAAAGCUCACCACGGUCUGCUCUGUUCUUUUACGGCUUGCUUCAACAAAUUGGAUGCCGGCUGUGCGUCAUCAUCUUGUGUCUGACCAGCUUGCUGCUCUUCUCUACAAGAUCAGUAACCGACUCCCUAUCAAUCUUGGAGAUUUCAUCUUUGGCCAUCUUGCUCAAUUUGUGCAACAUAGGGAACCUAAGGUACAUCUACCGUUUCCUAGUCUAAUUUUCGGGCUUCUACAGGAACAUGGGUUCAAGCCCUACACAGAUGAGGUGGUGAUUGCUAAUGCCUCAGUCUAUAAAUAUGAUGAUCGUUUGACAAAUAAAGAUCACUAUGAUGAUAGAGCUACGCUUUUGAUCACUCCCGACGCACCAACUACCACGCCCUCUGUGUCUGCCCCUGCAUCAUCCGCUGACACUGCCUCCGCACCGAAUCCCCGUCCUAAGACAGUGAUCAAGGAACCUCAGACGCUCAUGGAUCGCUGUCAAAUUGUUCUCACUCUUCAAGCGUCAAUUGCUCAAGUUCGCACAUCGGUUGCUUCUCAACAAAUAAUCAUUGAUGGCUUAGAAAAGUUGUUGGGUGCUCAGUUGGAAGAAAUAGCCAGAAUGGAGGUCAUCUAUGCUCGGAUUCGAUCUAAUACUGGCGCUGGCACUGGUUCUAUUUCUGAGAGCGAUGAAUCUGAGUCGGGCACCCCGUCUGCGAAUUAA